UACUUUCGAAACUUAGGACCUGUUCACCUCGUAAUUUGCAGGUGAUCAGGGAAAGGGCUACUUCCAUGGCGGAGAAACCAGAUACUCAGCUUUUUCACCUCCUCACUCAUCUCCUGCAACAGGUAGAGGCAGAAAGCAACCAAGAAGAAGUUGAACUGCGUGCAAAGAUUGAAGCUCUUGGGUUAGAGGUCAGGAAAGUGCCAUCAAAGCCUGCUGAGCAUAUUGAUGAGCUAGAGAUAGCAAGGGAAUUGGAUAAUUUAUCAGCCAAGUUGGAUAAUGUUGAGGAGAUGAUAUCUUCAGCCAUGGCUCAAGACCCACAAGUCGGUGCUUUGUUAAGUAAUACUGCUGAUCUAUGGAUGCCAGUUAUCACCGCCACUUCUGAGGAGCGACACUCUUUCUCAACAGAGGCCUCAGAACAUACGUGAAGAUCGACUGAAUUCUUAAAACUGGGCCGUUUGGUUUUAUAUCCUAUUUCUAGGCAUUAAUUGUGUUGUGAUUAUGUAUGUCCUUAUUGAAAUAUAGGGUAAUUCAUAAAAAAUGUGACUAAGAGAUGAACUAUUGGACAUUUACCCAUUUUUUUUAAUUUAUUUUCAGAAAUCUCAUCAAAAUACACAUGACAUGAGUUGAAAUAGUUGAAAAUGGGUAAAAGGCUAAGUAGUUGAUAAGUUUAGUGCAAUUUGAUAAAUUCCCCUAAAAUACAAUAAUUUUCUUGGGGAUUUGCCAACAUAUUUUUCAUAUAGUGGACUUGGUUUUUGUCUGUUUAA